AAAGAAAGAAAGAGACAACUGUUAGCAGCAGCAGAGGAAGAAGAAGAGAAGGUUUUUUUCACAGUCUCAGAGAGAGAGAGAGAGAAAGAGAGAGUGAGGGUUAUUAUACAACAACAAAGAAAGCUUUUUGAGUUGUUUCAGAUUUGGUGGUAGGGUUAGUGAUGUUCACACAAGGCCUUGACAAAAACGCUCUUCGCUGGGUUGGAGAGAAGGAUGUUCCAUUCUCAAGCACAACAUUGAGAUCUCGCAACGAUCCCAUCGGUGCGAUGAAGAGUGGUACUGGAAGAGGGUUUGGGCUGCCGCCGCCAGCGAAAUUCAGAAGUGGGCAUCUUCCUGCGAAUGCGAUUCCUGUGUCGACGGUUGAGACUGGCGAUAGCUGUUCGAAUUCUGAUAAUGAUGACAGCAUUGGUUCUGAGGAAGAAGUUUAUGGUAGCAGAUAUUCAUUGGAUUCGUCACCUCAAGAUCAUAGAGCCCCCAACGGUGCUGCUAGGAAAUAUGAGAACCUCACUCAAAGGGCGUCCCGGUAUGGGAGUGAGUAUACAUACUCCGAGGUCAGUUCUUCCAGGGAAACCCUGGCUGGCAGACCUGGUGCUGUGCGGGAAGUGUUGAUGAGGGGGGCUUCAAAUGGAAGGCAAAGUGGUUUCACAGAAGAUGAUUCAUCGGAUUCUGCAGCUAGCUCGGAAUUCUCUUCUACACAAGUAGGAAGUAUCAAUGGCACACUGCCAAGAAGUAGAGCUUAUGUGUCAGAAGGGUAUACUUCUAGUGUGCCUUCAAGGAUGAAUGUGCAAAGUGCAGCAGCCAAGAAUGGAAGAGUAUCCGGUGAUGAAGACGAUGACAUUCCCAGUGCACCCCCAUUUUGUGGUUCUACUCAAGAGAUCAGACCAACACAUGAUGAAAUUCCCACUUCUAGAACACAUACUACUCCCAAUAAAGCAGAAUCAAGUACUCUGUCUAGCGAUAAGAUAGCGAAGCAUGUUGGAAAUGAGAGCUCUGAUCAAUUUGUUAGAACUGCCACUGGUUCAGAGGCUGCUGCUUCUUCAAAUUCACAGCCACCUCGUCUUCCAUCAUUUCAUGCAAGUGCUCUUGGGCCAUGGUAUGGAGUGAUUGCAUAUGAUGCUUGUGUGCGUCUUUGCCUUCAUGCUUGGGCAAUGCAAAACAUGGAGGCACCUAUGUUUUUGGAGAACGAAUGCUCUUUACUCAGGGAUGCAUUUGGAUUGCGACAGGUGCUAUUACAAUCAGAAGAGGAACUAAUGGUGAAGUGCAAUAUAGAGCCUUCAAGUGAGGGUGUUGCUCCAAAACCCAAAAAACUUAUUGGGAAAAUGAAGGUGCAAGUACGUAAAAUUAAAGUUGGCUUGGAGCCUCCUACUGGCUGUAGCGUGUCAUCGUUGAUGACACAUAAAAUUAAAAUGGAAUCUGUGCGAUACCACCUCUCCAAUAUGCAGUCAACACUAUCUUCUGGAUGGCAAGCUCUCAAGAAAGUUCGAUUUGCACCACGUUUGCAUGCAAAUGGUUCCCUGGCACGACAAAGCUUGGCAUAUGUGCAUGCUAGCACUCGCUACAUACAACAAGUGUCUGGACUCCUUAAGGCUGGUGUUACAACAUCUCUUCGCAGCAGUUCAUCGUCCUAUGAAGUUGUGCAAGAGACGUACGCGUGUUAUUUAAGACUGAAAAGCUCAGUUGAAGAGGACGCUGUUAGGUUGCAGCCUGGAUCUAGUGAAGUCCAUGUGUUUUUUCCAGAUAGCCUUGGAGAUGAUUUGAUCGUUGAAGUUCAAGAUUCCAAGGGGAAGCAUUUUGGCCGUGUUCUUGUCCAAGUGGCUACUAUAACUGAGGAUCCGGCUGACAAAGUACGUUGGUGGCCUAUAUAUCGCGAGCCAGACCAUGAGCUUGUGGGCAAUAUACAACUUAAUAUAAGUUAUUCAACAAGUGCCGAUGACCAUAGUCACCUUAAGUGUGGCUCUGUAGCAGAGACAGUUGCAUACGACUUAGUUUUAGAAGUUGCAAUGAAACUUCAGGGCUUUCAGCAAAGGAACCUAUUGUUACAUGGUCCAUGGAAAUGGCUUUUGACAGAGUUUGCAUCAUAUUAUGGGGUAUCUGAGAUAUAUACCAAGUUGAGAUACCUAUCCUAUGUCAUGGAUGUGGCUACACCAACAGCAGAUUGCCUUAAUUUAGUGUACAAUCUGCUUGCUCCUGUUAUCAUGAAGGGCAAUGGCAAGACUUCUUUGAGCCACCAGGAGAACCGAAUACUAGGAGAGACCAAGGAUCAAAUUGAACUGAUAUUCUCUAUUGUCUUUGAGAAUUACAAGUCACUUGAUGAAUCAUCUUUCUCUGGCAUCAUAGAGGUUUUCAGACCAGCAACUGGUCAUGCAGCACCUGCGUUGGAACCUGCUGUUAAACUUUACAAGCUUCUUCAUGAUAUCCUAUCUCCUGAGGCCCAAAAUGCAUUCUGUCACUAUUUCCAGGUUGCUGCAAAAAAGCGGUCCCGAAGGAACCUCAGUGAAACAGAUGAAUAUAUUACGCAGACUAAUGAAGGCAGUUUGAUGGAUUCCAUGACCAUGUCUACUGCUUACCAGAAGAUGAAAACCCUAUGCUUAAAUCUUAGAAAUGAGAUCCAUACUGAUAUCCAGAUUCAUAAUCAAAAUAUACUUCCUAGCUUUGUAGACCUUCCAAAUCUUUCUGCUGCCAUAUACAGCACAGAGCUUUGCAGUAGGUUACGAGCCUUCCUCGUAUCUUGUCCACCAACAGGUCCAUCAUCACCUGUAGCAGAACUUGUUAUUGCUACAUCUGAUUUUCAAAGAGAUCUUUCAAGCUGGAAAAUUAGUCCUAUAAAAGGUGGAGUGGAUGCAAAAGAGUUGUUCCAUUUGUAUAUUCUUGUGUGGAUCCAAGAUAAACGUCUAUCUUUACUCGAAUCAUGCAAAUUAGAUAAGGUGAAAUGGUCUGGAGUUAGAACACAGCAUUCAACUACUCCUUUUGUUGAUGACAUGUAUGAACGUCUGAAGGAGACAUUGACAGACUACGAGGUCAUCAUUUGCCGCUGGCCAGAAUAUACCCUGGUUUUAGAAAAUGCCAUUGCUGAUAUUGAGAAGGCCAUUGUGGAAGCUUUAGACAAACAAUAUGCAGAUGUUUUAUCUCCUCUCAAAGAAAGCAUGACUCCUAAGAAGUUUGGGCUUAAAUAUGUCCAGAAACUUGCCAAACGCUCUACAUGUGCCUAUGUGGUUCCUGAUGAGCUCGGAAUUCUAUUGAAUUCUUUAAAGAGAAUGCUUGACAUCUUGCGUCCCAGGGUAGAAUCACAGUUCAAGUCAUGGGGAUCGUGCUUGCCACAUGCUGGAAACACAGCACCUGGUGAGAGACUUAGUGAAGUGACAGUGAUGCUGAGAGCUAAGUUCAGGAACUACCUUCAGGCUAUUGUGGAGAAACUUGUGGAAAAUACUAAGUUGCAUAACACCACCAAAUUAAAAAAGAUUCUCCAAGAGUCCAAGGAAACUGUGGUAGAGUCUGAUUUAAGAAGUAGAAUGCAGCCACUGAAAGAGAAGUUGGUUGAUACCAUAAGUCACCUUCACAGUGUCUUUGAGACUCAUGUUUUUAUUGCAAUAUGUCGAGGUUAUUGGGAUCGUAUGGGGCAGGAAAUUUUAAGUUUCUUGGAGAACAGAAAAGAGAAUAGAUCGUGGUACAAGGGUUCAAGGGUGGCUGUUUCUGUUCUGGAUGAUACAUUUGCCUCACAAAUGCAACAGCUUCUAGGAAAUUCAUUACAAGAAAAAGACCUGGAUCCUCCUAGAUGCAUCAUGGAAGUUCGUUCCAUGCUUUGCAAGGAUGCUGCCAACCACAAGGAUAAUAGUUUUUACUUUUAGGCAAAUACAUGUAAAUAUCAUGAGAGGGAAACGGGUUAAAAAGAUAACAAUCAAUGGUGGUCACCCAAUUUUGUAGCAGGAGCAAGCAACUCAACUGCUCAUAGGAAGAUUAAUGUGCUCUUCAGUGGGAAUAGUGUCUUCUACCAGUACAAGGUAUAUAUACAGUAAUUGAUUCAUUGUAUUACUUGGGCAGUAAUAUAUAGCUUUAUUAAUUUUUUGCAUUCUCUCAAUCAAACCUUGGCCUGUUUGUUAAGAAAUGCAGUUCUAACAGCAUUCAUAUUCUGUUCAACAUGUUCUCUGUAUUCUAAUCA